AUGGCUUUGAUUCCUCCUCCACCACCCCCGGGUUGGGGCGCUGGCCCUCCCCCUCCACCUGGUAUGGCUCCUCCUCCGCCGGGCUAUCGCCCACCUAUCGAUCCUCAGGUUGCAAAGUUCGCCCAAAAGAAGAAAGAAUGGCUACGAACCCAACGAAAUCGAUAUGGCGAAAAGCGAAAGGGCGGAUUUGUCGAAACUCAAAAGGCAGACAUGCCCCCCGAGCACUUGCGGAAGAUUGUCAAGGACAUUGGAGACGUCAGUCAGAAGAAAUUCAGCAGUGAUAAGCGGAGUUACCUUGGCGCGUUGAAAUACAUGCCUCACGCGGUCCUCAAACUCCUUGAGAAUAUGCCAAUGCCAUGGGAGAGUGCAAGAGAGGUCAAGGUUCUCUACCAUGUCAACGGGUGCUUGACUCUGGUGAACGAAAUACCCCGAGUUAUCGAACCAGUCUUUCAUGCGCAAUGGGCUACAAUGUGGGUUACGAUGCGACGGGAGAAGAGUGAUCGCAGACAUUUCAAACGCAUGCGUUUUCCGCCCUUUGAUGACGAGGAGCCUCCUUUGUCUUGGUCGGAGAAUAUCGAAGAUGUUGAACCACUUGAACCAAUUCAGAUGGAAUUGGAUGAGGAGGAAGACGGACCCGUUUAUGAAUGGUUCUACGAGCAUCGACCAUUGUUGGAUACACCCCAUGUCAAUGGUCCAAGUUACAGAACCUGGAACUUGACUCCUCCCCAGAUGGCAACACUUUACAGACUAUCUAGUCAACUGUUGAGUGAUGUCGUCGAUAAGAACUACUUCCACAUGUUCGAUAGGUCGAGUUUCUUUACUGCAAAAGCCUUAAACGUCGCCAUUCCCGGAGGGCCUCGAUUCGAACCACUCUACAAGGACAUUGAUCCAAACGACGAGGAUUUUGGCGAGUUUAACGCUAUUGACCGAAUUAUCUUCCGAGCACCCAUCAGAACAGAAUACAGGGUGGCCUUCCCAUAUCUGUACAACUCUCUACCAAGAAGUGUCAAAAUCUCCUGGUAUUCUCACCCACAGGUUGUGUACGUGCGAUCAGACGCAAACUUACCUGCUUUUAACUUCGAUCCUGUUAUCAAUCCAAUUUCCUCGAGGUCUGUUGCUCCAAAGAACAUCAGUGUCAGUCACGAAGACAAAAUCUUUGGAGUAGGUAAUGACGAAGAUGAUGAGUUUGAGCUUCCCGGCAAUGUGGAACCUUUCCUCGCCGAUGAAGAGUUGUACACAAGUGAGACAGCAUCUGCAAUUAUGUUAUGGUGGGCACCAUUCCCCUUUGACCGACGAUCUGGUAAAAUGGUUCGAGCGCAAGAUGUUCCUUUGGUGAAGCAGUGGUAUCUUGAACAUUGCCCAACUGGACAGCCAGUCAAGGUCCGAGUAUCAUACCAGAAGCUGUUAAAGAGUUUCGUCCUCAAUGAGCUGCAUAAAAAGAAACCCAAAGCACAAAGCAAGCAAGAUCUUCUCAAAACUUUGAAAUCAACCAAAUUCUUCCAGCAAACCACCAUCGAUUGGGUUGAGGCGGGUCUACAGGUUUGCCGACAAGGCUUCAACAUGCUGAACCUCCUCAUCCAUCGGAAGAAUUUGACAUAUCUGCACUUGGACUACAAUUUCAAUCUUAAACCUGUGAAAACAUUGACCACAAAAGAGCGCAAGAAAUCGAGAUUUGGCAACGCUUUCCACUUGAUGCGUGAAAUCCUCAGGCUCACCAAGCUUAUCGUUGAUGCCCAAGUUCAAUACAGACUUGGGAAUAUCGACGCGUUCCAGCUUGCGGAUGGUAUCUUGUAUGCUUUCAACCAUGUCGGUCAACUAACCGGAAUGUAUCGAUACAAGUACAAGCUCAUGCACCAGAUUCGAUCUUGCAAAGAUCUAAAGCAUCUCAUUUACUAUCGAUUCAACUCCGGUUCUGUGGGCAAAGGUCCUGGUUGUGGAUUUUGGGCUCCUGCUUGGAGAGUAUGGUUGUUCUUCAUGAGAGGUAUCAUUCCUCUCCUCGAAAGAUGGCUUGGUAAUCUGCUAUCAAGACAAUUUGAAGGGCGACACAGCAAGGGCGUUGCGAAGACCGUAACUAAACAGCGAGUCGAGUCACAUUUCGACCUCGAGCUACGAGCUUCUGUCAUGGCUGACUUGAUGGACAUGAUGCCCGAAGGUAUUCGACAGAACAAAGUCAACACUGUUCUUCAACACUUGUCAGAAGCUUGGAGAUGUUGGAAGAGUAACAUUCCCUGGAAAGUUCCUGGUUUGCCUGCACCAAUUGAGAACAUCAUUCUCAGAUACGUCAAGAGCAAGGCUGACUGGUGGAUUUCUGUGGCUCACUACAACCGAGAACGAAUCAGAAGAGGAGCCACUGUUGACAAGACCGUAGCGAAGAAAAACCUCGGUCGGUUGACAAGAUUAUGGUUGAAAUCAGAGCAAGAGAGACAGCACAACUAUAUGAAAGACGGUCCCUAUGUCUCAUCUGAAGAGGCUGUUGCCAUUUAUACGACAACCGUCCAUUGGCUCGAAUCUCGAAAGUUCUCGCCCAUUCCCUUCCCUAGUGUCUCGUACAAGCAUGACACCAAAAUCCUUAUUCUGGCUCUCGAAAGACUACGAGAAGCAUAUUCCGUCAAAGGUCGAUUGAAUCAGAGCCAGCGUGAAGAGCUAGCAUUAAUUGAGCAGGCAUAUGAUUCCCCCGGCACUACAUUGGCACGAAUCAAGCGUUUCCUUCUUACCCAGCGAGCUUUCAAGGAAGUCGGUAUUGACAUGAACGACAAUUAUAAUUCCAUCAAUCCUGUGUAUGAUAUCGAACCCAUCGAAAAGAUAACAGAUGCGUAUCUUGAUCAGUACCUCUGGUAUCAGGCCGAUACUCGACAUCUAUUUCCAUCUUGGGUCAAGCCUUCUGACUCCGAGGUGCCACCUCUAUUGGUCUACAAAUGGGCCCAAGGAAUCAACAACCUGACCAAUGUUUGGGAGACUGCAGACGGCGAGUGCAAUGUCAUGAUCGAAACGCAACUAUCGAAAGUCUAUGAGAAGAUCGAUUUGACACUACUCAACCGACUCCUUCGACUAAUCAUGGAUCACAAUCUGGCUGACUACAUCACAUCGAAGAACAAUGUGCAGUUGAACUACAAGGAUAUGAAUCACACCAACAGCUACGGUAUGAUUCGUGGCCUACAAUUUUCAGGCUUUGUUUUCCAAUAUUAUGGCUUGGUUAUUGACCUGCUGCUUUUGGGUCUACAACGAGCUAGCGAGCUAGCAGGGCCUCCACAAAGUCCGAACGAUUUCUUGCAAUUCCGAGACCGUGAAACGGAGACAAGACAUCCAAUCCGACUAUAUACCAGAUACAUUGAUAAGAUCUGGGUAUUCUUCAGGUUUACCGCCGAUGAAUCAAAGGAUCUAAUCCAACGAUUUUUGACUGAACAGCCAGACCCGAAUUUUGAAAAUGUCAUUGGCUAUCGGAACAAGAAAUGCUGGCCUCGAGAUUCCAGGAUGAGGUUAAUGAGACAUGAUGUGAACCUUGGUCGGGCUGUGUUCUGGGAUAUGAAGAACCGCUUACCUCGUUCAAUCACUACAAUUGAAUGGGAUGAUACUUUCGCCAGUGUCUAUUCUCGUGACAAUCCGAACUUGUUAUUCUCCAUGUGUGGUUUUGAGGUCCGCAUCUUGCCAAAAAAUCGGAAUCAGAACGAUGAAUUCCCGAUCAAGGACAGUGUUUGGGCUCUUGCCAACAAUGAGACCAAGGAACGGACGGCAUUUGCAUUCCUCCAAGUCACCGAAGAAGAUAUCCAGAAAUUCAACAAUCGUAUAAGACAGAUUCUAAUGUCUUCUGGCUCCACCACAUUCACCAAGAUUGCCAAUAAGUGGAAUACGACACUGAUUGCUCUUUUCACGUACUACCGUGAAGCCGCCGUCUCGACAGUCAAUCUUCUGGAUACGAUUGUCAAAUGUGAGACGAAGAUUCAAACUCGCGUCAAGAUUGGACUGAACUCAAAAAUGCCUUCUCGUUUCCCGCCCGCCGUCUUCUAUACACCCAAAGAACUUGGUGGCUUGGGUAUGAUUUCUGGCUCUCAUAUUUUGAUCCCGACAAGCGAUAAGCGAUGGUCGAAGCAGACAGAUACUGGCGUUACACAUUACCGCUCAGGAAUGACACAUGACGAAGAGACUCUAAUUCCAAACAUUUUCCGUUACAUUAUUCCUUGGGAAGCUGAAUUCAUCGAUUCGCAGCGAGUUUGGACGGAAUACUCGCAGAAGCGACUGGAGGCGAACCAGCAGAACCGCAGACUGACCCUUGAAGAUCUUGAAGAUAGCUGGGACCGCGGCUUGCCUCGAAUCAACACUCUGUUCCAAAAAGAUCGGAGCACACUCAGCUUUGAUAAGGGUUUCAGAGCUCGAACAGAAUUCAAACAGUACCAGCUCAUGAAAAGCAACCCCUUCUGGUGGACCAGCCAACGUCAUGACGGCAAACUAUGGAAUUUGAACGCCUACCGAACCGAUGUUAUUCAAGCGCUGGGCGGUGUUGAAACUAUUCUUGAACAUACUUUGUUCAAGGCGACCGCUUUUCCAUCCUGGGAGGGCCUGUUCUGGGAGAGAGCUUGUCUGGCAAAUGGUACCAUGCUGCUACGUUAUGAUGGCUCCAAAGUUGCCGUGGAGGAUGUAGAGGAAGGAGAUCUUCUUCUGGGCCCCGAUGGUGGUUCUCGUCGUGCGUUCAACGUUGUGAAAGGCAAAGAUCGCUUGUAUCGGAUCAAGAUCGGGUCUGGCAAGGAGGACCUCGUUGUGACACCAAAUCACAUACUCGUUCUGCACCUGGAGGUUCCUGCUGUUACUGAAGGGUCAGUGGCUAAGCGAUUCAACACGGUCGAAAUGACAGCAAGUGAUUUUGCCUCCCUCCUCCCAGAGGACAGAGCUAAGUAUCGUUUGUUUCGAAGCCACAAGCAAACAGUAGAGCACGAUAUUCCAAAAAAUUUCAGGUUCAUGAUAAAGGACAUCUCUCUAGAGACCGAGGCUACGAAAUGGGCCGGGUUCCGAGUGGAUAAGGACCAGUUGUACUUGCGACAUGACUAUCUGGUGCUCCACAACAGCGGGUUUGAAGAGUCCAUGAAGUUCAAGAAGCUCACCAACGCCCAGCGCUCUGGUCUUAAUCAGAUUCCUAACCGCCGAUUCACACUUUGGGCGAAUGUGUACGUCGGUUUCCAGGUUCAGCUCGAUCUGACAGGUAUCUUCUUGCACGGCAAAAUCCCAACACUCAAAAUCUCUCUAAUCCAGAUUUUCCGAGCUCAUUUGUGGCAAAAGAUCCAUGAAUCUGUAGUCAUGGAUCUUUGUCAGGUCUUCGAUCAGGAGCUUGAGCAGCUAGGUAUAGAGACUGUACAGAAAGAGACGAUCCAUCCCAGAAAAUCGUACAAGAUGAAUAGCUCAUGUGCAGACAUCCUUCUAUUUGCCAGUCAUAAAUGGAACGUCACUCGACCAUCCCUCCUCUUUGAUACCAAGGACCAGAUUGAAGCAACAACGACAAACAAAUUCUGGAUUGAUGUUCAAUUACGGUAUGGAGACUAUGAUUCUCAUGACAUUGAACGCUAUGUCAGAGCCAAAUACUUAGACUACACAACUGAUAGCAUGAGUAUCUACCCCUCAGCGACUGGCCUUAUGAUUGGAAUCGAUCUAGCCUACAACCUCUAUUCCGCAUACGGUCAAUACUUCCCCGGUCUCAAGGCCCUGGUUCAACAAGCCAUGGCCAAGGUCAUGAAGGCCAAUCCUGCACUUUAUGUGCUUCGGGAACGUAUCAGAAAGGGCUUACAACUGUACGCUUCUGAAAGUACGCAAGAAUUCUUGAACUCCCAGAAUUAUUCCGAGCUUUUUAGCAAUGUAACGCAAUUGUUCAUUGAUGAUACGAAUGUUUACCGAGUCACGAUUCACAAAACAUUCGAGGGCAAUUUGACAACGAAACCUAUCAAUGGUGCAAUUUUCAUUUUCAACCCGAAGAGCGGUCAACUCUUUCUUAAGAUUAUUCACACCAGUGUCUGGGCCGGACAGAAACGUCUUGGCCAAUUGGCGAAGUGGAAAACAGCAGAAGAAGUCGCUGCCCUUAUCAGAUCUUUGCCCGUUGAAGAGCAGCCUAAACAACUAAUUGUCACUCGAAAGGGCUUGUUGGAUCCCUUGGAAGUCCAUCUGCUGGACUUCCCCAACAUUUCCAUCAGAGCUUCAGAGCUUCAACUACCCUUCCAAGCCGCAAUGAAAGUCGAGAAGCUUGCAGACAUGAUUCUCCAAGCAAAGGAACCGCAGAUGGUACUGUUCAACUUAUACGAUGAAUGGUUGAAGACUAUCUCGUCGUAUACCGCAUUUUCUCGACUGGUUUUAAUCUUGCGUGCACUUCAUGUCAAUACCGACAAGACUAAAUUGCUACUGCGACCAGAUAAGACGGUCAUCACGCAAGCUCAUCAUAUUUGGCCAAGUCUGUCCGAUGAGGACUGGGUCAAAGUUGAGGUCCAACUUCGAGAUCUCAUCCUGAACGACUAUGGAAAGAAGAACAAUGUGAAUGUGCAGUCACUCACCAAUAGCGAGAUACGCGAUAUCAUCCUGGGUAUGGAGAUUUCGGCACCUUCCAUGCAACGACAACAAGCUGCAGAAAUUGAGAAGCAACAGGAAGAGCAACAACAACUGACCGCAGUAACAACCAAGACUCAGAAUGUGAGAGGAGAGGAGAUCAUUGUAACAACUACUUCGCAGUACGAACAACAGUCAUUUGCGUCAAAGACGGAAUGGAGAACUCGGGCUAUCGCGACUUCCAAUCUCAGAACCCGAGCAAACAAUAUAUACAUCUCGAGCGAUGACGUUCAAGAGGCUGAAGAUUCUUACACCUACAUCCUACCGAAAAAUAUCUUGAAGAGAUUCAUCACAAUUGCUGAUCUUCGUGUCCAAACCGCUGGCUAUCUUUACGGAUCUUCCCCUCCAGACAAUGAGCAGGUUAAGGAGAUCCGAACUAUUGUCAUGGUCCCGCAAGUGGGUAGUACGCGUGAAGUUCAACUUCCUCAUCAACUGCCUCAACAUGAAUAUCUCAAAUCGAUGGAGCCACUUGGUAUCAUUCACACAGCUUCGGGUAACGAAACAUCAUACAUGCCUGCAGCAGAUGUCACCAUGCAUUCACGAUUGAUGGCUCAACAUCCGUCAUGGGACAAGAAGACCAUUACUUUGGCUGUGUCGUUUACGCCAGGAUCAGUGUCACUAUCAUCCUGGUCGCUUACUCCUGAAGGAUACACCUGGGGAGCAUCGAACAAAGACACACAGUCUGACAACCCAUCCGGAUUCUCGACUUCUUUCGGUGUCAGGACCCAACUCCUCCUUUCCGACAAGAUCCGGGGCUUCUUCCUGGUUCCCGAAACUGACACCUGGAACUACAGCUUCAUGGGCGCCAGCUUCUCUUCCGUCGAAAAGAGACCCAUCUAUGUCAAGAUCGACACACCACGCCGUUUCUAUGACGACCUACAUCGUCCCGUGCAUUUCAGCAGUUUCAACGAGUUGGAGGAUAUUUGGGCAGAUCGGGAGGAUGCCUUUGCUUGA